AUGUCGGAAGGAUGGGGAGGCCCCGCCGUCCGCGGCUCCGGCGGAGGAUUAAACCGCGAGCUAUGCCGCACGUUCGGCCACUACAACCGGCACCUAGCGCGAUUGCAGCACAACUUGCGCGAAACGAAGAAAUUCUUCCGCGACAUCAAAUACUCCCAAGGGCCCCCUGUUUUCCCCGUUGCUAAUGCUGGGCCUGUCGGGGAGGAGCCGCCGGAACAACACCCCGCCCCUUCGGCCGUGGAUAGCGCCCCUGCUGGUGGGGGUGCCUCCCUGCAGACCGGACAGCUAAGUUCAAUCGCCUUUCCCCGACAUGAGGAGGAAUACCUCCAACUGACAGUAAGCUGUCACCCAUGCUUAUUAAUCUUCGGUCAAAACUGUAAUGCCAAAUGCCAAUUACUCAACAUGCUCUUGGGAAGGAGACUGCUACCUACCACCAAAAUUAGCAGCGAGGAGAAUUGUAAGAGACGUCGAAUUCGUUUCACACAUGGAAGACAAACACGGAUCAGUUUAGCUCUACCAGGACAGUAUGAAUUGGUUCAUAAUUUGGCAGCUCAUCAAAGUAGUUGGGAAACAAUACCUGAGGAGGACUUAGAAAUCCAUGAUGACAGUGAGGAUCUGGCACAUCAGAUUGCAGAGUUGGAGGUUACACUGAAUCAUACUUUAUUACAGGAAAUGGAUAUUGUGAUAGCUCCAUGUCGGGGAUUCCAGUCAGCCGAAGACACUUUGGGAGAAUCUAUCAACAGCGUUCUUCCAGUCAUCACUUUUGCCAUCAGUGAGGCUGAACUUUCAACACUGGACAUGAAUGAGCUGCAAGAGAUUAAAGAGAAGUUCGCUUUACCCAUCUUCUUUUUCAAAGUAUUAGAUUUGGGAUCUGAACUAAUAUCUCCUCAAAAUGCAGAAACUGAAAAGUCAUCCCUUUUUCGGCAACUGCUAGAUUUAGAUUAUCUUAGUAGCAACCAUUGCAGUUGUGGAGCUCCUAGCACUGAUGCCAAAGCCCAAAGCAUGCUGGUAGAACAAUCUGAUAAGAUUCGUCUGCUUAGCACUUUCUCCAAACAAGUGCUGCAACAGCGUUUGAUAGACGCUGCCACCAUUUUGAACAUCGUACACUACCGUUGCUUAGACAUCUUCAUCAACCAAGCCUUUGACAUGCAACGAGACCUGCAAAUCACUCCAAAGCGUUUAGAGUAUACACAGAAAAAAGAGAAUGAGCUGUACGAAUCUCUGAUGAGUAUAGCCAACCGCAAACAAGAAGAAAUGAAAGAUAUGAUAAUUGAAACUCUCAAUAACAUGAAAGAAGAGCUCCUGGAAGAUGCUGCUAAUAUGGAAUUCAAAGAUAUAAUUAUUCCUGAGAAUGGGGAGCCUAUAAGUUCUAAAGACAUUAAGUGCUGUAUUAAGCAAAUCCAGGAAUUGAUAAUCUCAAGGUUAAACCAAGCAGUUGCUAAUAAACUGAUAAGUUCUGUGGACUACUUGCGAGAGAGUUUUGUAGGCACUCUGGAAAGAUGUCUGAAGAGUCUGGAAAAAUCUCAGCAGGAUGUUUCAGUACAUAUUACAAGCAAUUAUUUAAAACAGAUAUUGAAUGCAGCCUACCACGUAGAAGUUACUUUUCACUCUGGUUCAACGGUAUCACGGAUGCUGUGGGAACAGAUCAAGCAGAUAAUACAACGGAUCACUUGGGUGAGCCCUCCUGCUAUCACCACGGAGUGGAAAAGGAAGGUAGCUCAGGAUGCCAUUGAGAGUCUUAGUGCAUCCAGAUUGGCAAAGAGCAUCUGCAGCCAGUUCCGAACAAGGCUAAAUAGUUCUCAUGAAGCUUUUGCUGCUUCUUUGCGACAGCUAGAGGCUGGCCAUUCAGGUAGGCUUGAAAAAACAGAAGAUCUUUGGUUGAAGGUGCGGAAAGACCAUGCCCCUCGCCUUGCCCGUCUGUCACUGGAAAGCAGGUCCUUGCAAGAUGUUUUGUUAUAUGGUAAACCAAAACUAGGCCGUGAAUUGGGCCGAGGGCAAUAUGGAGUGGUGUACCUAUGUAAUGCCUGGGGGGGACACUUCCCAUGUGCACUCAAAUCUGUUGUUCCACCAGAUGAGAAGCAUUGGAAUGAUCUUGCACUGGAAUUUCACUAUAUGAGGUCACUGCCAAAGCAUGAGCGGUUGGUAGACCUUCAUGGAUCCGUGAUAGAUUAUAGCUAUGGAGGAGGUUCCAGCAUUGCUGUUUUACUGAUAAUGGAACAGUUACACAGAGACCUCUAUACUGGAUUAAAGGCUGGUUUGACACUGGAGACAAGGUUACAGAUUGCACUGGAUGUGGUUGAAGGGAUUCGUUUUCUUCAUAGCCAGGGGCUUGUUCAUAGAGACAUCAAACUUAAAAAUGUACUGCUGGAUAAAAACAAUAGAGCUAAAAUCACUGACCUGGGAUUUUGUAAACCUGAAGCAAUGAUGUCUGGAAGUAUUGUUGGGACACCCAUACACAUGGCUCCUGAACUCUUCACAGGGAAAUAUGAUAACUCUGUGGAUGUGUACGCAUUUGGCAUCCUAUUCUGGUACAUCUGUUCAGGACAUGUGAAAUUACCAGAGGCUUUUGAGAGAUGUGCAAGCAAAGAUCAUCUUUGGAACAAUGUACGAAGAGGUGUUCGCCCUGAACGUCUUCCCAUUUUUGAUGAGGAAUGUUGGCAGUUGAUGGAAGCCUGUUGGGAUGGGGACUCUUCUCAGCGCCCUCUCUUGGGCAUAGUCCAACCUAUGUUGCAAGGAAUAAUGGACAGACUUUGCAAAUUGUACUCUGAGCAGUUGAACAAAGGACUGGAUGAUUCCACUUGAAGACAUUGUGAAUUUGUUCAGUUAUGUGAGAACCCAGGUCCCCACUUUGCCACUGGCAACUCAGUGGCUCCCUGGAACAAGCCAGCCAAAAAUUGAGGGUUCAGGU